CAUAAUAUGUUAUACUUUAACCUAUCGGCAUAAAUCCUUCGUUUAGCUACACAUAAUUAUUAUGGUGUGAAGUGUUGUGGCCAUUGACAAGCAAGACAGUCACACAAGCAAGACAGUUACAACAUGGAAUAUAUGUUUUUUUGAAAAGGUGACUUUAGUGAGUGCCAGUAUUUCGAGGAUUGCGGCUUGCAGAGACUUCAGUAUGGGUAGCGCUGCCAGUAAAAACAAACCACCAAUCUUGGUAAAGGCAGCUGAUGGAAAUAAAGCAAACGGUGACACCCAAAAGACACCCCAGCAAGAAACCUCAAGAGAUGUCCCCAACUUGCCGGCACCUCCAGUGAAGCCAACCCCCGCAGCCCCUGAUCUGAACACCCCUCAAGAAGGGGUGCCGUCUGAGAAAGACACCAAAGACACGCCCACAGAACCAUCUCCCGCUCAUCAGCCAACCAACUCUACUAAACCAGCCCCCGCCCAGCAACCAACCAUCUCUACUAAACCAGCCCCCGCCCAGCAACCAACCAUCUCUACCGAACCAUCCCCCGCCCAGCAACCAACCAACUCUACUGAAACAUCCCCUGCCCAGCAACCAACUACUGAACCAAGUGCCUCUUCAACAACUCCUACCUCUGUUGAAAUUAAAACAGACACCAAAGAGAAAAAGGAAAUUCUACGCAAGUGUAUUUCCUUUCUCGAAACUGCCACGAAUACUGGAGGAAAUACCGUCAAACACAACGCCGGUGAAAACGCGCAGAAUGAUGAGAAAACUGCGGACAAACGCGAGGCGUUUCGCCCGGAGUUUAGACGCUCCCUCGAUGAACUUUACACAACUACUGACAACUACACCGACGAAACUGCACUUUCUAACUUAUACAAUAUCUGUCUCAUGAGCGAUAUGUACACAGAUACAGAACCAGCAAAUGAAUUGCUUGAAAUGAUAUAUCCUGAACUCUUUGUGAAAAUCUGGAAGGCCGUUUACCACAAAGAUAUCUACGAAUCGAAGGAACGUCAUCAGGACUAUGUUGUCUUGAACCUGUUGAAGCAGGCAACCAUCAAUUUCACUCACGUGAAUGAACGUUUAUGUGCCUCCAUGGGAAGUGAGAAAUAUGGAAUAAUUUCAUUGCUGGUGGUGGAGUUUAAACAUCCAUUGAUGUCUAUGAGUAUUCUUAAGAAGGGUGUGAGUAAAGCUUUGUGGGAUUCUCCUCGUGAGACUCUGAAGAAGAUGGUUAAUAUCCUUGCUAACAUUGUAAGGAAGAAUAUUGAUAGUAAACCUGUGUAUCGUCAAGCCAACGCGGUAAAGCAUCUCAAAGAGUUGCUGAGUUGCCAUUUUUUGCUGAUGCGCGCAAAGGCCCUCUUUACAUUGGUAUAUCUUAUCAACGAAGAUGAAAACGAGGCUCUGAACCAAGGUGACGACAACAUCAAGUUUGUUCUGAAGAUUUUGGGGAAGUGUUUAGACGAGAAAGGUCAUUAUUCGAAACACUACACAUUCUCAGCUGCAGUUGUCAUGGAUGGAAUCGUCUACCUUGCUGCAAAUGACUCCAAUAAAGUUAAACUCGUUAAGCAUGGUUUAUUGCCAAAACUGAUUCCGAUGAUGACGUCAAAUUCCCUGGCUGAGAAACGCAGUGCUUCACGCGUCAUCUGGAAGUUGGCUUUUCAUGAAGACAAUAAGACAACAUUGAAGGAGAAUGAAAAGCUCAUAACAGUCUUGAAGGAACUAGCCCACAAUGAACCAGAUCAACAUAUCCUUAAGGCAUGUAAAACGGUGUUAUGGAUGCUCGACGUUGAAGACGGCAGCAACAGUUGCCGACCAAAGACGGCUAAAAAGCAACGUCCCAAGACUGCCAAUAAGGACGGAACGGAAACACAAACUGCUGGUGACGUCACGGAGGCGAAGGACCCUGAUCAGGACGUCGUUUCCUUGGACGACAAUGACCUUGAUGGUGAUGGGACUAAUAUGGAUGACAAUCCACCUCACGUGAUGAUCAGCUACCAAUGGGGUGUCCAGACACAAAUGAUUAAGAUUAAGGAGCUUCUGAAGGCUGCUGGAUUCAAUGUAUGGAUGGAUAUUGACGAUAUGGGUGGUUCAACGUUGGAGUCUAUGGCAGCCGCAGUGGAACAUUCAGCUGUAGUUCUAGUUUGCUUCACGGAGAAAUAUAAACUAAGUGCUAGCUGUCGCACCGAGGCGGAGUACACCUACAAGCUACAGAAACCUAUCAUCCCAUUACGUCUACAAGAAGAAUACGAUCCUGAUGGCUGGCUGGGUAUUAUGAUAGGAACCAAACUCUAUGUGGAUUUCAGUACCUCACACGCUUUGGAAGAGAACCUCAAGAAGUUAAAGCAACUACUUGGAGAUAGAGGACGUGUAGGCGAAGAGAACAAGAGUACGCUGAAAACAGACAAACUAAACAGUACCAUCACUCGUACUUCAUCUACUCGGCGCAACACCGUUCCUAAAGUAACCGACUACAUGGACGCAAAGACGGUAUCGUCUUGGAGUAGCGAUCAGGUCAGCUCUUGGCUAGUAACUAAUGACCUUGGUGAACUGAAGAACCGAUUCGAAGGCUACAACGGGCAGAGACUACUAGGCCUCAAGACAAUCUCAACAGAUGCACCAGACUUUUUCUUCACAGAGAUUAAAAAAGACCUAGGAUUCAAGAGCCUCUUGGAUAUCGUGAAAUUCAAGCAAGCUUUGGAUGAGAUUAUUUGAUUAUACAAGUAACGGCUGGGGAGUUUCGUAUAUUCAGCAGUUUCGUAUAUUCAGCAUUUGUUUGUAAAACUUUAAUUAAAAACAAACACCGUUCAUAUUUUGUUAGGUAAAAUUAUCCAACCACAUUGAGUGCCUUAUAAUUAUUUGCUUAAUAUAACUGAAUAUAUAUUGCAUUGUUUUUACAUAUUCCAAUGUUGGAUGGAAUCAAGUAUAUUGUUAUAAUCCUUUUAUAUCAGACCUAUAUGGAAUUAUUUCAACUGAGAUGUAAACUCAGAUGUAAAAGCAUACAACCAUCACAGGAUGAGGUCAAUGCCCAAAUGAUGUGAAUUGAGAACUUUUUUAAAGUUCUCACAGGCUCAAGUUAAAAAAAAAAUAAUAGGCUCAUAAUGGUUAAUUUUACAAUAUAUUCAGAAUUGGCCAUUGAACAUUAACCAUGUUUUUUCUGUAUGCUUCAACUAUUGUGGGAAUACGUUGUUGUGUUGUACGCAUUAAGGCAGAACAAAACAAAAUGUUGGUACCGUUCACCGUGAUAGCGUUUUUUGGAUAUCGCCGAAAAUCCGGAACGAAUAUUCCACCAGGAAGAAUAAUCCUUGAUAUGAAUACACGAUCUGAAAAUCGUUACAACAGUACUUGGUAGUAAUGAAAUGUUUCUCAAAAUGCCUUAUACUAUCCAUGAGCUGUUGAACUUCUUACCAAGAAGUUUGUUUUGCCAUUUAUAUUCAGAGUCAACCAAACGUAUAGUUUUUACAAGACCAAAAUGUGGCUUUAGCAUCGUGUCUUAGUCCUCGUAUUAAAUUCAG